UGGGGGGCCUCUGCAGAGCGAGGGUCCGGGUUUUGGGGGUGUUGACACAGUGUCUUCUUAAUCUUGAGCCUACCAUGGCAGUCCAGUUCUUGACAUGCCCUAAGUCAUGUCCCAUGUACCCUCAGGAAAUAAUACCUUCUUCCAGCCCUAUAGGACUCUUCCCCCGCAAGAAAAACAUGAUUGACAUAAGGUAGAACGCGGUAGAAGCCAAUGUGCUUUCAGUCCCACCUCUGACAUUUAACCAUCUGUGUGGUCUUGGGCACAUCACUUUUUUGGCUUCCGUUUCCAAACUUGCAAACUGAGAAUAAAUAAUACAGUUGUAAUAAAUGAUAUUAAACACAAGUCCAUAUAGGUGGCACUGAGUGCCAGAGGUCAACUGAGUAUCCACAACCAAACUGGCUGCUGUUGGGUUUCCAAAAGGCCAAGUUUCUUUGUCACCCUAGGCCUUACAGUGUGUCAAGUGUUUGAGGGGAUGAGGGUCCGGAGUAGUUAAAGGAUCGAACUGCAGAAAUCAUGUCUGCUUUUAAAAUACUUUUGGCUUAUGGUAAAACAAGUACCAUAUUUUUAAUUUUUAAUAGCUAGGUAUUAUAUUGCUGUUAUUAUUUGCUGUUAUAUGCUGAUUCUACAAUUGUGUAUUAAUAGUUUAGUUUUUGUUCUUCAAGCAUCUCGAGAUCUGAACAAAUAGCUUUGUUUAUUUAUUAGUCACUUUUGUUAAUUCUGUACACACAACAGAAAGAUGAAUAUAUAAAAUAAAUAACCAUCUGCUGGGCUGCAUUCUCUCUGAAGCCACUGCUCUCCCUCUCUCCAUCCUCUAGCUUAGCAGUUCUCAAUUUAUGACUACUUUGGUAAUGACUUCUAAAAUUUCCACAAAGAAUAAAUAUGUCCUAAAGGUUGUUCUGUAAAAUCAGUUCUGAUCAACUCAGGAAGCUUGUAAGUAAUUUUAAGAAUAGGUUGGUUAAUUCAGGAUAAUUACUUAAAAAGGAAAAAAAUGGGAAAAUGUGAAGACUGCCGAGAAAGCCCCAGCAGAGUGAACCCAAUGGGUUCUAAGUUUAGGGGAUGGGGGGCAAAAGAAAGAUGAAGUCCACUUUUUUCUCUGCAUGUUACUGUGACUGUGGUCUGUAUUCUGUUCUUGUAGAAGAGAAAAAUAAGGCUCAGUGUGGCUAGUGGUUAAUUGAUUUUCCAUGUCCUGGGGCCAGUAAGAUUUAAGAAGUGAUAUUUCAUGGGUCAUAAUCAUUUAGUUUGAUGGGCUAUCUCUGGCCAUCUAAGAAUGGUUAAGUUUUGUUUAGUCUACUUGUUCUGAGAUUAGAUAGUGAAGAAGAAUUAGAAACAUUUUUAAGAGUUUUCUAAAUUAUUUUUGGUACCUGAAGGGACAGUUUUAAAAAAUAACUUACAUGUAGAGCAAUUCAUUAGAGCAUCACGGGCAAAUGAUGUGUUAUAUUUAUAUAUGGCCACUUCUCCUUGAACUUCUCCUCAUGCUGUUCUAGCACUCUAUUCUUUGUUGCUGUUCUAGCAUUCUCAUUCUUUUGUUACGUUCAUGUGUUCAUCAUCCGUGAAAGCAAUUUUUAAUUGAUUUCUUCAAAAUAUUUUCUGAGAAAAUAUAUUGACAUUUCAUUUUUAGCUCUGUGUUCUAGUUUACUUCAUUGUUGCUGUGGUAAAAUACUGACCAAAAGCAACUUGGGAGGAAAGGGUUCAUUUUUACUUACAGGUUACAGAUUCAAGGCAGAAACUGAAGCACAGACCACAGAGGAAUGUUACUUAAUACUUUGCUCUCCUUGGCUAGUUUAGCUUUCUUUCCUAUAUGACCUGGACCACCUGCCCAGGGUGGCAAUGCUCACAGUAGGCUGGUUGUGCCUAAUUCAGUCAUUAAUAAUAAUUUUUAAAAAAUGCCCCAUAAACAUGCCCAAAGACCAGGCCGAUAGUUCCUCAGUUGAGAUUCCCUCUUCCAUGUGACUAAUUUGUUUGAAAUUGACAAAAACCAACCAACACAAUUGAUACCCUGUCAACUUGACACACAGAUAUACUACUAUUAAGCCAUAACCUUUCCUUUCUUGUUUAUCCCCAAGAUCUUUUGUUAACAUUGCUAUAUAAAACAUAAUAUAAUUUUAAAACCCCAUAGUCUUUAAAAGUCUAAACAUUUUAAAAUACAAGGUUACUUUAAAAUCCAAACAAUUUAUAUACUUUCUUAUUCCAAGCUCACAGAAACAAUCAGAUCAGAAACCAAACUCCAUCAGUAUAAAUAACUCAUUGUACUCAGUGUCUGGUAUCUGGGACUCAUUGGUGAUCUGAGCUUCAAAGGACUUGCAUAGCCAAACCUCUCCAGUUCUGCCAUGGGAAGCUUAUCUUAGGUCAACUCUAUACCACACAUACUGCUGUCCUUGGUGGUCAUCCCAUGGUCCUAGCAUCUUUAAUAUGCUGGGAUCUCAAAUUCAUUUGAGGCUGCACUUUAACCAUUUUCUUUCCAUGUCUUUCAAUCCUGGUGUCUCUGUGUGACUGAGGCUGCACUUUCUCCAAUGACUUCUCCUGGGCUUUCUUUAGGAACUCUGACCUUGACUAAUGAUACCAAGCUUCAGUUUCUAUUCGUGGCUCCUUCAGUUCUGGGGCCUCCACUACAACUGAGGCUGCUCUGUCACCAGUGGCCUCCUGGCCUCUCUUCAGAGACUCCAAUCCUGCCACAUGGUGCCAAGAUUGACCCCUUUACUCCUUCAAAAAGGAAAACUCUAACAACAAAUUACUAAGUUCAUCUGCCAGCUUAAGAUGUAGUCUUGGUCCCCCUGGACAAUUCCACAUCAGCAACGGUGGUCUCUUCUUAAUCACAGCUAUUUUUUCGGCCUCAGCUGGCCAGCAUCCAUUGUCCCCAUAAAACACAGAUUUUAUUUCAGUGGUUCUGGUCUCCCGCUAAUCACUACUGACUCUUCAGCCCCAGCUUACCAGAAGCCACAGAUUCUUAUUCAAGUUAGCUUCUCUGAAUCAUAAAUGUCAUUCCACCUCUCACUCCCACCCCCAUCAUUUUGAUAGGUUUAUUUAGAAAUCUAUUUUCCUACUUUGCUCAUUUUUACUUACCUGUUUCAAAAAUAUAUUUUUUUCCACAGUGGAGUCAAACAAUAUGCAACUAUUUCUUUGAUAAGUUUUGACUAGUUUCCAGAAUACUGAGAGACAGAAGGCAUCAUUCCUACAUGUACUUUGUGUUCCUUGCUGAGUAUUUCAUGGAAUAUUUUUUAAUUGAUUUUUUUAGUAGAAUCUGGAUGCUAUUGUUUGAGGUCAAUGAAUUUUGUUUUUCAGGGAUUCAUGUUUAGCAAAACAAAUAAAAGCCUGUGGAAUUCUAUGGUUCCUCUCCAGAGAGACUGAUUUUUAAAAAAACAUUUCCUGAAUGGUCCAGGUGCCAUGAUCUUUAUUUUUUAAAGCCAUUGUCCCCAAGCAUCCAUCUCUCAACACACUUGUUGAUCAAAAUGGAACAUAGUUCUGUGGUUAUAGCUACAUCAGCAGCUCCAUGAAUACCCUUGACAAUUUAAAAAACUUAAGACUACUGAACUUUAAGUAUUUACUUAAACUUGUAUAGAAUUGUGUCUAGAUGAUAAUUAAAAUUAACCAUCACAGAUCUCCAUUUUUACCACACAUUAGCUUUAUUUAUUUAUCAUUUAAGAUGUAGUUAAUAAUUGUAGUUGAUGAAAGACAAAAUUUUUGCUUUAUAAUUUGUCUAUGUACACUCACAUAGCCAGAAAGCUACAUGAGAACGCACUUAAAAUACUGAUGCCACCAAAGUGGUUCUCAUUUUAUCAAGUAUUUCCUAAGAAUGGAAGAUCCCUAUCCUUUCAUUCUGGUUUUAAGUUUUACUUCUAAAUAUAGAAACCAUUUUCUUUUAAUCCCUCAGAAAAGUCAGUUCAGGGACAGAUAAGUGAAAAGCAGUAGCCUAUUAUAUUCAUUGAGAGUACUAAGUCUUUCAUACUUUCCAGGCUUGCUUAGUACUCCAAGGCUUGUAGGCAUUUAGGAUUCAACUAUAAAUAGGACAUUCUUUCUUGAGAUUCCAGCCUGUGGAGAGAUAAAUAUUUGAAUACAUGAAUGAGUAAAAGAUAAAUGCUAAUUCCCCAUCGAAGGGCUGUGACAGUUACAAACCAAACAGAUCCACAGAUGUCUUUGCUGUGACUUCCCAGAGCACAUUCCUCAUUAGCCUGUGUUGGCUUUUCAUGUGUUCUGUGUAUUUGCGCUUUUUCUGGACUGUAAAUAUCCCCGUGUAUCCUCUGCAGUUUGGUGUAGUGACAGAUGUUGCACAACUCAGCAGCCAGAGAUCCAGGGAGAGUGGUGCAGGCUCUCUGGACUACUGUUCCUUUUGAAUUUUAGCUACUAAAUAUUUAUCUCUGUAUUGUGUAUAGAAACAUCAGACAAAAUUUAAUGUAGUUUUUGCAGGUGUCCUGGGAGGUUUCUGAAUUGCUAAUCAAAUAUUAUGAAUAGUUUCAACCUAUCAUUUCAACAUGUACCUAAACUAUAGAAAAGUUCUUGAGCAUAAUGUAUUUUAAUAUGGAAAUCUAAAUCAUAAAUAUUUGAAAGAAAUGUAGAAAACCUUAAAUGUGACCUUUGAUCUUGCAUGAACAACAACAAAAGAGACACAUGAGCAUUUCUAUUUAGUUAUGAGAACUUAGCCUCUUGUUGCUGAUGUGUUAAUUCAUCUCUUUAAAUGGGGCAAUUUUGGAGGAAUUCAUGUAUGAACAGUCACAUUUUUAAAGUGACAUCUUCAGGGCUAAAUGAAAAGAUUUUUUGCUCAUGUUCAGAAGUACUUUUAAUUAUUAUUAUCAGCAAAGAAUAAUCUAGACCAAGCUGGGAAUGGAAUAAAGAAAUACACCACAAAGGACUACUUUCAAAAUAAUGUCUGGCCUGCUCUGCAGCUGUUGUUGCAAAACACAUUCAAAGGUGCGUUGAGUUUGUACAGUUCUAAGUGUACAACAGUGUCUUGUUGCCUAGGCCUGAUGGAACUAAUACAAAACCCGCAGUUUGCACAUUUGUUUUCCAGUCCUAUGGGUGAUUAUUGAAGGACUACUAUAAUACUUCCAGAAACAGAUCAGUGAAGAUAUCUACACUUGGGGCUAGAGAGAUUGCUCAGUGGUUAAGAGCUUACUGUCCUUGCAGAGGACCCAUGUUUAGUUCUAAAACCCAUGCAAGGUUGCUCACAACUGUUGGGUAACUCCAGGUCAGGGGACUCUGAUCUCUGUGUCUCCAACCCCUAGGACUCACAUGCACAUACCCACUCACAGACGCAUAAUUAAAAAUAAUCUUAAAAAAGAUUUUUGCACACAUAUGUAAUAUUAAUAGCAAACCCUUUGAAAGUGUGUAUGGAAAGUUGAAAUUGAUAAAUUACUAUGCAGUGCAAUUUUGAUACUAUUUUGAGUCACUAGAAUAGUGAGUAGCAUAUAUAUAUUUUAAGAUGAGGUUCACUAUGUAGCCCCAACUGGCUUAGAACUUGUUGGGUAAACCAGAUUGGUCUUAGACUCACAGAUAUCUGCUUACUUCUGCCUCUCAAGUGCUAAGAUUAAAGCCAUGCUAAACCAUGCCCAGGUAGCAGUUAAGAUUUUGAUAUUGUCUUUGAAAUGUUUUGUAUAUGAUUGGGGUCUUUAUAUCACAGGGUAACAAGAGGGAAAAAAUUACUGAAAUGAUAAGUUUAAUAACAUAUGUUCCCUAGCUUUCAGCAUCUGUGGAAACGUUGUUGCUGAAGCGCCUUAUAAAAGAGAGUUACUGAGUUGAUGGAGACACCUACUAGCGAUGAAAGUCAUCCCAGGGGACUCUUUUCAUAUCUCACACAGGAGAGAGGACCUGUUCCACAGUGUGCCAGUGAGAAUCACCUCAGCAGCCUCAAGAAAGACAUCUUAAAUGAAAAGACGGAGUUGGAGGCAGCGCUUAAGGAAGCUGAGUCGGCAUCCUGUUCAGUAGAAUUACUUUUGCCGUUAUUUAAGAACACCGUGGAAGGAAUUAGUUUAGAAAACGUUAAUCUUUCUGCAUCCAAUUUGAAGAAGAUUUUUGAACAGAAGGAAAUAUUAUCAAAAGAAUUAGACACUUUUAACCGUGUGAAAUUAGCCUUAGAACAACUUAUUAAACAGACACACUACGAACAAACAGGAGAGAACUCGCCCAGCUUGUUGAAGGACCUCAGUGACAAUGAAAGUGACAAUAGUACUCUUAAGAAGAAGGUACUUGAAAAAGAGACCUAUAUCCAAGAACUUCUGUGUCUGUUUCAGAAUGAAAAGGAAAGUGCUUUGAAAGCAAACCGGUUUUCUCAGUCAGUCAAAGUGGUACAUGAUCGUCUACACCUCCAAAUUCAGAAAAGGGAAGCUGAGAAUGAUAAGCUAAAAGAACAUAACUUGGAAACCCAAAUAGCCAAGUGGAACUUGCAGGUGAAAUUGAAUAAGCAGGAGGCUGUAGCCAUCAAAGAAGCAAGUAGGCAGAAAGGUGUGGCUCUGAAAAAAGCAUCCAAAGUUUACAGACAACGGCUGAAACACUUUACGGGGGAUAUUGAACACCUCACUUCCCAGAUUAGAGCUCAGGAAGCCAAGUUGUCCGAAACAGUUUCAGCUUCCAAUGCCUGGAAAAGUCAUUAUGAGAACAUCGUAAUAGAAAAAACUGAACUGGAAGUUCAGAUUGAAACAAUGAGAAAGCAAAUCGUUAAUCUUUUGGAAGAUUUGAAGAAAAUGGAAACUCAUGGAAAAAAUUCAUGUGAAGAAAUUCUUAGAAAACUUCACUCACUUGAAGAUGAAAAUGAAGCCCUAAAUAUUGAGAAUGUGAAAUUAAAGAGUACGCUUGAUGCUUUGAAGGAUGAAGUUGUUUCUGUUGAAAAUGAACUCGUAGAAUUACAAGAAAUAGAAAAACGACAGAAAACUCUUAUUGACGUAUAUAAAACUCAGGUACAAAAGUUGCAAGAAGCAGCUGAAAUGGUAAAAAGCAGAUGUAAAAAUUUGCUACACGAAAAUAACCUAAUAAUAAAAAACAAAAACAAGAAGUUAGAGAAGAUGAGAGGCCAGGUGGAGUCUCACUUGAAGCAGGUAGAGCGAGCCCGCCACUCCUUCACGUCAGCCAAGCAGAGACUUCAGGAAUGUCAGGAGAACCUGCAGCGCUGCAAGGACAAGUGUGCAGAGCAGGCGCACACCAUUAGGGAGCUUCAGGGCCAGAUUGAUGGAAACCAUAGCCUUCUAAACAAGCUUUCUCUUGAGGAGGAGAAUUACCUCAUUCAGUUAAAGUGUGAGAACCUAAAAGAAAAGUUGGAGCAGAUGGAUGCAGAGAAUAAAGAGCUUGAGAAGAAGCUGGACGACCAGGAGGAGUAUCUGAAGCGCAGCGACCUGGAGCUGAAGGAGAAGGCUGCAGAGUACACAGUGCUGUCCAGGCAGCUGGAAGCUGCUCUGGAAGAAGGGAGACAAAAGGUUUCUGAAGAAGUAGAGAAGAUGUCAUCUAGAGAGAGGGCUUUACAAAUUAAAAUAUUAGAUCUGGAAGCUGAGCUUAGAAAGAAAAACGAAGAACAAAACCAACUUGUUGGCCAAAUGAACAGUAAAGCCCAGCAUCAGGACAUAUGUUUGAAGGAAAUACAGCACAAUCUUGAGAAGUCAGAGAAUCAGAAUGAGAGCAUUAAGAAUUACUUGCAGUUUCUUCAGAUUUCCUAUGUAACGAUGUUUAGAUAAAUUGUUGAAUUUAUUGAUUGAUGAUUGUUACCAGUGUUAGAGUUUGUAUCUCAAGAUAUUUGAGACAUAAUUUAUUAUUUGAUUGAAACUUUAAGAGCUGAUAACUCUUAGUCUUCAUUUGUGGUAGAUAUUUUGCAUUGAACUCUGGUUUCAUUCUUUUUUAAAGAAAUAUUAAUUUUUAAAGUAUUUUUCUUUCUAUAUGCAAAAAUCAGAAUUAUUCUUAUGAACCAUUGAAGUAAACUUGUAAUGAAUUUAGGCCAGUUAUGAGCCAAAUACAUGAUUUUAAAUAAUGUAUUUACUUGUUUUAUAUUGUGAUGCCAUAUAAAUAAAAUAUUCAGAAAUGUUAUAACAUA